GUCGACCGAGCGCGGUGCACACGCGGCGAUCCGACGCCAUCUUGAAUCGAGCGGCCAUUUUAAAAAUAACUUUCGUAUUUCGAGAGCCGUGUGUUUUGCAAACUUUCGGACAGCGAGUUUUUUCACUUUUAGUGGCUGGCGGUGAAAAUUGUUUUCUGGCUAAUAAUAGGUUUAUGUGUGUUGAGUUUGGAUGAGCAGCUGGUUUCAGGAUAAUUAUGAUUUUGUACGGGUAGCCCUGCUCAUCGAAAUAUCCGAAACCAUAAACAAUAAGCAUGAGACCCACAUGAGUCCACCAAUCUCUAGGUACUCUUUGACAAAAAGUGUCGUGAACUUCUUCGACCGUGGAUAGGGAUACGGGCAAGAUGUCAGUGGUGGCGCCGAGGCGGGUGCAGCUGGCUUGGGCCCCCACCAUACCGUGGGAGCAGGAGCCGUCCUGCGAGCGGCGGGAGCAGUCGUUCAAGCAGGAGGCAGAGCAGUCCAACAACCAGUCUGAGUCGUCAUCAUCAUCAGCGGACACCGCCUCGCAGGGGUCGUCGCAGGAGGCACCCGCCGCCGCGCGGCCGAGAAAUGAACCUCAGAAGGAGACGCGGCGCUUGGAGGCCGCUGCAGCGCCGAGGUUCCAGUCUAACCCUCUGCUGAGGUCCCGAACCCUCCCCAACUUCGGCGGGGGCGUCCCACGCUCGCGUUCGGCGUCCCGCUGUGACACGAGCCGCAAGGCGCACCACAUCACUAUGGCGACCGAGGAUCUGUUGCAGCCCGGCCACGUGGUCAAGGAGAGGUGGAAGGUGGUGAAGAAAAUAGGAGGUGGCGGUUUUGGAGAGAUCUAUGAGGGUCUUGACCUGGUCACGCAGGAACAGGUGGCGCUGAAAGUGGAGUCAGCGCGGCAGCCCAAGCAGGUGCUGAAGAUGGAAGUGGCUGUGCUGAAGAAACUACAAGGCAAAGAGCACGUCUGCCGCUUCAUAGGAUGCGGCCGAAACGCGCGCUUCAACUACGUAGUGAUGCAGCUGCAGGGCCGAAACCUGGCCGAACUGAGGCGGGCGCAGCCGCGCGGCGCGUUCUCGCUGUCUACUACGCUUAGGCUUGGAAUACAAAUACUAAAAGCAAUAGAUUCCAUACAUUCUGUUGGAUUCCUACAUCGAGAUAUUAAACCUAGCAACUUCAGCAUCGGCCGUCACCCGUCGAACUGUCGUAAAGUCUACAUGCUGGACUUCGGCCUCGCGAGACAGUACACCACCAGCACGGGGCAGGUGCGGCCGCCGCGCGCCGCCGCAGGCUUCAGAGGCACAGUACGCUACGCGUCCAUAAACGCACACAAAAACAAGGAGAUGGGCCGCCACGACGACCUCUGGUCGCUGUUCUACAUGCUGGUGGAAUUCGUCAUCGGACAGCUGCCGUGGAGGAAGAUCAAGGACAAGGAACAGGUUGGCCUGAUGAAAGAGAAGUACGACCACCGACUCUUACUGCGUCAUCUACCUUCGGAGCUGCGUCAGUUCCUCGAGCACAUCCAGUCGCUCCAGUACCUGGACACGCCGGACUACGCCAUGCUGACGGGGCUGCUGGAGCGCUGCUGCAAGCGCCGCGGCAUCCGCGACCACGAGCCGCUCGACUGGGAGCGGGACGCGACAGUGUCGGUGUCCCGCACGCGCGCCUCCGCGCACCCCGCGCCCGAGCACCCGCUGCCCACCGACACCGCGCAGCCGGAUAAUACCCGUCGCCGGCCCGACACAGACGCGACAACGGCCGUCGCGACCGACACGCAGACGCGACACAAACACGACAAGAAGCAAGACACAAGACACGCCAACAACAACGCACACGUCAACGGCGUCGUGUCGGCCACCACGGACAAGCCAACAACGACUGAAAAAGAGGAGCCGCGGACCACCCCCGCGCCUUCCCCUGAAAGGAAUGUCAAGGAAACAUCAACAUCAGCGGUGACGGGCACAGGUACCGCCACCCGGCCGGAGCGGCAGAGCGUGCCCCCGUGCAAGGGACGCGCCGCCACCGCGCCCAGCGGCGGCGGCCCGACACUGGCGCGACUUCGCGUGGUGACGGCGCCACCUACUUGCGUGCAACACCUCGCCCAGGCACAAGCUAAUACACCCGGUGAAGCAGUGAGCCCUAGGAUCGUAGCUGACGUUGACAGCGUUCACUCCGACACACACUUCAAACGUGGCAAUAGAAGAGCGGCUCGCAACAGGGCUGACCAGAGCUACACGCAAUUUGCCGUCAUGGACGAUGAAAACGUAUCCGCUUUGCAACAGGUCACUAAAGGCGGUGCACUAACACUUGUCUCUCUGUGGAAGUCCCAGUUUGACGACUCUGAGGAGACAACCGACAAUGAGUGGAAACAGGAACAACUGCAGUCGCCGGAACACCGCGGGCCGCGCGCCGCGUCCGCCGUCUCGCAGAGCUCGGCGCCGCGCACGCAGCUCACCCCCGCGCCCCCCGCGCCCCCCGCGCUCCCCGAGCCCGAGCAGGAAAAGCCGCCCACGCCGCCUUCGCAGCCCAGCCCGCGCAGCAACUCCCGCCCAGCCUCUGUUCACAUCCCGUCCGUGCAGCCACUGCCCGAGCGCCCGCGCUGCUGGACCGAGCCCGCUAUUGGUUCCCACGUAAGAGACCUCGGACCACCAUUACUGCAGCAAGCUUCCUUCGACUGCGACAGCGGCCCGCUGAGAUACAGGGUGGACGUGACGCGCGGCGUGGCCUCCCGCCACAGCGGCAGCCCCGAGCCGCCGCCGCCGCGCGCCCGGAGCACCCCUAACCUCUCGUACAAGCCGGCGCCGCGCACCCCGCCCCCCUCGCCGCCCGCCCCGCCCCCCGCCACCGUGUCCUCGCGCCUCGAGAUACGCGUGCGCGCAGACAACAACGACGCUUCUAGUCAGGAGGUAAAAAUCCACUCAGUGGUGAGCGGUGGCGAAGCGCCUCGCAACCACGACGAGGCGUCCAUCUACUACGACGCCACGGAACAUCAGCGGGACAAGAGGCUGUUACUGCUCAACAGGUCAUCGACCCGGAGCGGCGACAAGAGCCACAGCCCCCUGCCGGAGAAGGCUAAGGCGGAUCUGGUCAUUAGUGACAGAUGCAGUGGAGACUUCAAACGAGAGAUAAACAGUGCAGCCGGAGAUGGGUCGCAGAGUUUGCGCGACCGGUCGUCAACCAGCGGAACGACAUCCCGGAUCCCGAUAGCUCUCUCUUCAGAGAACAGACUGGCCAAGUGCGCUUCGUGGAGCGGCGACGGACCGCUCUCGCCCGACCCCAACGACUUGACUCCAGCGCUUCGACGUCGCCGAGCGAACGCACACGACAAGUACGCGUCGGACCCCGCGCGGGAACUGAACCUGCGCUUCGCGAGGCCGCGCCACCGCCAGCCGCCGCAGCCGCACUCGAGCAGGAGCGGUUCCCGCGGUGUGCCCGCUCUCCUGCUAGCGUCUCCACCCGUCUCCGCAUGCUCCUCAUCAUCAGGCUCGCCGCCGCCGCCGCCCGCCGCGCCGCCGCCGCGCCAGGACCCGCGCACGCGCCGCUUCCGCCCGCUCUCCGUCGCGCCUUAACCGACAGAGAUUCGAGCGGCAGCUGACAUCUUCGGCGGACAAGAUUAAAAGAAACAUCAGCCUGUAUGUAUCAAAUGGAACCUAGCAAAAUUAUCACUAAAAUAAUAAAUCUUCUAUGUAUACAUAGCGAAUAAUUAUGCCUUAUUAAGCCAGAUGGAUGAUAAAAUAUGUGAGUUAUGUGACCUGAUUUGACGCGAAUAUGCGAUUUAAAAAAAAAACUCACGUUACUACGCUAUUUUAGACCUUAUACUGAAAGCGAUAGGGUCUAUAAAUAUGUGGAUACCUACUUUUAAAAUUGUAGCUACAUAAGGCUUUUAUGGUUAAAAAAAAUGCGAUUUUAGAUCUCUCCUUUUGCUUCAAAACAGUCGUAAGCGAUUUCGAAAUAAAUAAAGAAAUGUUAUUAAAAAUAAAUGCUCACUCUUUGUUUAAUAAUUAAUACUAUUAUUAUGAAUAUCAUUUUAAAUAUUAGGUGCUUUGUGACUUAGCCUGUGCUAAGAGAGUUUUUUUUUACUGUUUUAUUUUUACUGAAAAUGUGACCGUGUGAUAUUAAAAUAUGACGAUAAUGAUGUUGUUAAAAGAUUUAUUUUAUGCAUUUUGUAAGGACUGUAAUAAGACGUAUAAUAAAGCAAUUCAAAUAUGACAUUUCGGCUCAGCCAAUAGGAAGCCUGCAUUUUGCUUUUCGAAAAAUGAACGCGUAUCUUUGGCUUAACUUUGACGCUAAACUAUGUUUAAGAAUCGUUCGAUUUGUAUCAUUAUUGUAAAAUAUAGCAUGGCGUUUGAUUGAUGCUUAUGCCUGGUUAAUACAGUUCGCUUUCCCUUGACAGCCUACAAAUGACAGAUAAAAUGAAUGUUUUAUAGAGGAUGUUGCAAAAAGGGUUUACUAAGCCGAAACCUACAUGUGCAGCAUGGUAUAUCUAAGCCCAAAACUGAAAUCAGAAUUUCAAAAUUCGCGAUAGAUAUACCAUGCUGCACAUGUCGGAUUCGGCUUAGUAUACCCUUUUUGCAACACACUGUACAGCUGUCAUAGGGGCCCGUGCUAUAUUUUGCAAAGUAUAAUAAAAAGUUUUACAUGACAACAGGGACUCUUUCUAUCAUUUUGGUGCUGAUAUUUUUUUCAUUUUAAUCUUAACAAAUAGACGGUUUGAUGAUUUUGUAAUGCCAUUAAAGAUAAUGCAUUUUUAUGAUUCACAGCAAUACAUCAUAUGGGUAAUUUUUUAAAAUGAACGUUUAUAUUGCCAAAAUAAUGUACAUAAAUAAAUGCUGGUAAUGCUUAAAUAUUAAUUUACUUUAUAUGUAUUUUUUUAAAUACGUACGGUUAUGUGCAGAGAAACCUGACCCUCUCUCAAAGCUUCUGAGAGGAGUCAGAUUUCUCUGCCUUAUACAUAUACAUGUGGAUGUAAUUCAAGAUGUUUUUUUUUGCAAAAUAAUUUAAAAUGAAAGUAGAUUAUAACCUAACCUGUUCGUAGCUACCAAAUGUCAAUAAACUAAAUAAGUAUAACAGAUUGACAGCACUCGAAAAUAUAUAUUUAUACAAUGAAAAAAACAUUGCACUUUUACACAUAUGUAAAAAAUAUAUAUUAUAUCAUAAAAAUGUACUAGUUACGCAUAUAUUUCCUCAUAUUAUUAACACACAUCCUUGCUGUUUCUAUAAUAAUUAUAUUCUACUGUUUUUUUAUUGCAAAAACUAAAGAGAGUUACGGUAUAUUAAUAAUAAUUGAUUGAAAGAAAAAAAUUGUACUUAAAUACAACGAAACUAUAUAAUAUGUAUAAAAUAAUAUCACUGAAUAUAUCACUCAAUGGGGAUAUAAAACAUUUUCAAAUGAUGACAUAGUGUUGCAUAUACAAUGUUACUACGUCGUAUCUUUAGUAAUCUUUACCUGUCCUUAUAUUUUUCUAUUCUUUUCUAAUAAUCGCGUAGCUAGUACAGUUUCUGAUAAAAUAGAAAGCCCAAGAUAUGUUAUUGUCAUGUUGGCGUUACUGCAUUUUGACGUUUUAAUUUUUUUAUAGCUGUUUGACGGUAAUAUUGUAACGUUUGAGCAUUAAAAAUUAUUAUGUACCUAACUAACAUCCUUGCGGGCUGUACAUAUAACAUAUAUGUAUGUAUAAAUGAACAUAAUUGUUAAAACUUUGUGGCCAUUACAUAAUAUUAUUAUCUAGUCUCUCUGCAUAGUAUAGGUACAACAUAAUAACUAUAUUUAUAUGUAUGUAUUUAACAGUAAUUUAAGUGACUUAAUAAUAAUAUAUAAAUAUAAAAUAAUUAAUAUAUUUUAUGUAUAUGACAAUGUUGAUGGAAUAUUGACCGCCGUCGCUACGAAUGCUACGUUGGUACUGAAUUAUGACAGUGUUUUUUUUACAGUACUGCCCACGUAAAGAUAUCAAAAUCAACAAAUUGGUAAUGUAGUUGCUUAGCGUGUUGCGAUAUCAAAUUCUUGACACACAAAUAUAUCGCUAAAGCUCUGGCUGCUUAUAGAUAUUUUUAAAAGAAAACCUAAAUUAUAAGAGUUGAAUAAAUGUAUAAUAUUCCUGAUAAAAAUAUCCCCGCUAAUUCAAAGCCCAACUAAAAUUAUUCCAAAUCUUUCGCAUUAUUUUAAUGUAUAUCUAAUGAAAUUAUUUUAUAGAUGGCACCUUAAAUCUUAUUUUAUAGUAUUUGAAAAGCUCUAUAUGACAAAAGUAUAGUAAGUAUUAAAUGCUAAAUGAAUGUUUUAAUGAAUGCGCGGAUAACUCGUUUUUAACAAAUUCUAGUCUUCGGAUGACUUCAGUCAUUAAUAGGUUAUUAAAAAAGGAAAUAAAAAAGGCGGGAAUCAAGCUGUUAUUGGCAAAUUAAGUCAUGCCCGUUUGCUUACAAAAUUGUAGCAUGAAUGAUUUUUAUUUCCUCGGCAAUAAAUAGUGCCUAACUUAAUGUCUAGUACACUCUGAGUCAUACAAAUCUGACCCCACUCAGGUACGGUCAGCUGCAUAAGUAGCUAUACAGUUUUGUUCCUCGUCAGACUAGCUACAUAACGAACUGGCAAUGUUUUAAUAAGCAGUUUGUGAGUUUGACAAGGUACAAAAUUGUACAGCUACUUAUGCAGCUGACAGUGCCAACCACCAAUGAUGUUUACGAAGCUUUGAAAUUACUAUCAUGAAACUUAGAUAGUUAAAAGUAUGCAUAUGUGAGAAAAGUACGUAAAAUGUUUUCGCUUUUGUAAACUAUCAAACCUAGAAGAAUAUAGUUUUCAUUUAACCAAAAUGGUUAAAGCUGUACUAAGAAUUCUGUAUUAACUGAUUUAAGUUUUAUGAGUAAAGUUAUACUAUUGCUAUGAUUGCAUUGUGCCAAACGGGCAUCACAUACUUAUAACUAUGAAAGGCUGGUUAGCUGUUACUGAUUAGAUACUUAAUGAUCGAUCGAAGUUUAUGUUAACAUCACAGUUUGUUAGCCUUUCAGAGUUUGCUGAUUAGAUAUGUAUAAACAAAAAGGUGAAAUGUUGUUAUGCUUCUAAUUGUAAGAUAUUAUUCUUGUUUUUAAUACCUAUGUAAAACAUUACUACGGCAUAGAAGAACAAUCUAAGCGAACAAGACAAUAGUGACCAUCAGCGUCUAGGGCGUCGAUUGAAGGUAAGUAUACCUAUCGGUAUCUUAUGUAUCGGACCAAACGGAUUGUACAUAAAUAUAUGGAGAAACGGCGUCGACAGUGCCGAUUAAGUGGACGCACUUGUAUAUUUUUAUAUACAAAGAAUACUGAAUACGAUAAGUACGUACGUCCGUUGUGUAUGAUGCCAACAGUGGAGGCUCACCUUAAAUCUUUGCGUAGUAAUUUUUUAUGUAGGUACAUUUAAUAUACAUUUAAGACUUGAAUUUCCCUAAGCACAGUGGUGUGUGGGCGAUGACUUGGGAAGGCACGCUGUCGUCGAAUAUAAUUUGCCAUAUUUUUUUUAUAUUUACCGAAAUAUGCACAAUGAAAUUUAAAAUAAAAGGUAUUUGUCCUUA